AUGACGACCCAUCUCACGCACUCAUCCUUCUUGGCCAUCCCCCAGGAACUCACCGAGCACGUCCUCAAGUUCUGCGAGCCGCGGGACCUCGCCCGGUUCGCGGCGACAUGCCGCCCGCUGCGCGACAUCGUGUACAACGAUAACGACCAAGUUGUCUGGCGAGUGUCCUUCCUGUCCCACCCAUUCGAUGACCCCCGCAAAGCCCUCGGGAGCUCUCAGCUGUCCACUGCCGAGAUAGACUGGAGAAGCACGCUGCAGCGUUGGCUUCACGCCGAGAGCGCGCUCGACAAUGCCGCCGAGCUUGGAGACGAGGAAGAGGACAGGCCGAUCCGUACCGCCCUCCGCGUGCUUGUGGCAGCGGUCGUCUCCGCUCUGCCAGGCCGCGAAGGCACCUCUGAGAACCUGCGAUGGGUCCAGAGCGUGCUCGUAAACUCGCCACUGUUCUGCACUGAGACUUCAUCCCCUUCCCGCGUCGUGUCUGCUCCAGGCAGCGGGCGGCAGCUUGUCGCCCAGCUGCGCUGCUACCUCGCGCUGUCCAGCGAAGAUGGCGAGACAAAGGAGAGUCGGGUGCGUCUCGCAAACCUGCGCUCCGUGAGCCGGUGUUACGUUUACGACCUGCGCAAGUACAAGUCUGACACCCUCUGGGGCCCCUACACACUCGACGCGAGCGGGCGACUCCGCGUCGAUUGGGAGCACGUGAGGCAUAUACAGAACGUCGUGCUGAUGAACUUGAAGGACUUUCCGGAUAGCUGGAAGAGGGUGUGGCCUGAGUGGGGCUUGCAGUCCACCAGGCCGUACUCUGCGCCGGAUGCGGACAAGAGGAAGCCGUGGGAUUGGGCUGGCGUUGAGGGGAAAUGGAGGAGAGUUGUCUGCUUCAUGGAUUACAGGUCAGUAUCAUUGCCAAUAAGCCAAGUUUCCGGCCUCAUGCAUGAUUCGGACUACAGGGACCUCUUCAGUACGUGCACUAUGACGAAUCUAGCCAAGCUUGUCUAA